AUGGGGCUGCUACUCCUGCUCAUCCUGCUGGCCCAGACUGCGGGCGUCGCGGCCUACCCGUCGCAGGCGCUGAGCCACAGAGAGGCUCUGUCCCUCGCACUCGGCUCCUACAACCGACAGUCCGGCGGCCAACACGCCUUCCGCCUGCUGGAGGCCGCCCCUGCCCCGGCCCAGAGCUCCCGGGCACGGACUCAGGAGCUGAGCUUCACCCUGCAGGAGACCGUGUGCCCAAACGCGCCGGGCCUGGAACUGGACAAGUGCGAUUUCAGCCCCGAUGGGCUGGUGAGAGCCUGUACUGGACUUGUCUCCUUGGAAGACGACAGUCGUGGUAUCCUGGUCACCUGCGAUACCCUGGGCCGGGCGCCUCUGCGUGUCAAACGGACGAGGAGGCCCCUUCCGGCUCGGAAAUGUGGCAGGAUCGGGUGUUACGGGCUGUUGAGACGCCUCAAAAGAAUUGAUCAACUGAUAUGA